AUGAGGCUGCAGGCGGACGUGUUGCGGUAUAUGACGAAGGGGGAGUUUCGUGUAUUGACGGCAGUGGAGAUGGGUAUGAAGAACCACGAGUUUGUAUCGGCUCAGUUGAUAGAACAAAUAGCGGGUUUGCGGCGUCACUCAAUUCGCCAGAUUCUGAGUAUUCUGCUGAAAAAUAAACUUCUCUAUCACUGCUCCAAGGUGUAUGAUGGCUAUAAACUAACUUACUUAGGUUACGACUACCUCGCCCUCAACGCUCUGGUUAAGAGGGGCCUCGUCAAGGGCGUUGGCGUCCGCAUAGGUGUAGGAAAGGAAUCAGAUAUUCAUCUCUGCGAGGGCGCAGACGGCGCCGUCUUGGUGCUGAAGCUGCAUCGGCUGGGCCGCAUCUCCUUUCGUUCCAUCAAGAAGAAUAGAGAUUACAUGCAGCAUCGCACACACUGCAGCUGGCAUUACCUCGCCCACCUGGCGGCUGCACGAGAGUUUGCGUAUCUGAAGGCGCUGCACUCUCACGGCUUUCCAGUGCCAGAGCCGGUUGAUACAAACCGGCAUGCAGUACUCAUGGAGUACAUAGACGCAACUCCACUGACACAGGUGAGGGAGCUGCAGGACCCACUGACGGUGCUGGAAAAGCUGAUGAAACUCGUUGUUCGCCUCGCGCACUGCGGGCUCAUUCAUGGCGACUUCAACGAAUUCAACCUCAUGAUCAGCGACAACGGGCGCAUCACGAUGAUCGAUCUUCCUCAGAUGGUAUCAAUAUAUCACCCAAAUGCUGCUCUUUACUUUGACCGCGAUGUUCAGUGCAUAAAGCGGCUUUUUGAAAGGAAAUUUUUGGUGGAUGUCACGACGGUUCCGCGCUUUGAAGACGUCAUAGACCGCCGGUCCAGGCCGCCGGCGGAGGCGAAGCGAGCUGCCGGGGAGCCAGACGAAGAAGCAGCAGAAGAAGGAGCAGAAGAAAGAGAAUCUUCAGUGGAUUUAAUUUCUAUUUCUGAUGGUCUCAGUGAACAGCAAGUGAAACUACUUGAAUCUGCAUUGGCAGAGCGGCGCGAGGCCGAGAGCAGCGGCUCUGAGGAAAGCGAUUCAGAAACUGUUAGUGAGGGGUCCGAUGCUGCAGUAUUUCAUGAAGAAGAAACAGAUGAAGAGAAAGAAAUAUCAGCAGCAUAUCAGACAGAAGAAAAAGAAAAGUGUGAAAAACGAGAAAUCAAUGGGCUUUCUGAUUCAGAUGAAGACCACCAACAAACACGAAGCAGCAGAGGCUCUGACAGCAGCAUUUAUUUAACUUGA